CCUUCACCGUCUCUUUUUUUUUUUCCUCUCUCUCGCAGCGAAAAAAAACCCUAGUUUCUCUCUCCUUUCACCGAUUUUUUUCCUUCCGAUGCUUCUGCUCCCAUAGCCAUUCACAGAUCUGGUUAAGUAUGAAAUAACCCUGACAACUUUGAUGGAUGAUGACUUUGCAGAUGGAUAAAACUACUGCUUCCUCCCCAAGGGAGCGAGCCAAGGCCAUAUUUGAUAAGACUGUUGAGUUAGAAAACAAGCGUUGGAAGGAUGCUCAGGCUAGAAAACAGGCUGACCCAAAUUUGUGGCAGCAAAUUCGUGAGAAUUACGAAGCAAUACUUCUUGAAGAUCAUACCUUUUCUGAGCAGCACAGCAUUGAACUUACACUGUGGCAACUUCAUUACAAAUUCAUUGAGGAGUUCAGAGCACGCAUCCAUGCUGCAUUGAGUUCUGGUAGCUCGAGUGCGGCACAAAAUGUAAAGGGUCCUUCUAGACCCGACCGCAUUGCAGCCCUCAAGCUGCAGUUCAGAACAUUCAUUACAGAAGCAACUGGAUUUUACCAUGGUAUGAUCUUAAAAAUUCGAUCAAAGUAUGGUCUUCCCUUUGGUUACUUUUCUGAGGAUCAAGAGAGUCAAAACUUGACUGAUAACGAUGGAAAGAAGUCGGCAGAAGUUAAAAAAGGCUUGGUAUCUUGUCAUCGUUGCUUAAUAUACCUUGGUGAUCUGGCUCGGUAUAAAGGAUUGUAUGGGGAGGGGGAUUCCAAGAUCAGAGAGUAUACUGCUGCUAAAAGUUACUAUUUGCAAGCAGCUUCUCUAUUGCCUGCCAGUGGAAACCCACAUCAUCAGCUUGCUAUAAUUGCUUCUUACUCGGGGGAUGAGUUUGCAGCAACAUAUCGUUACUUCCGGAGUUUGGCUGUAGAGAGCCCUUUUCCAACUGCCCGUGAUAACUUGAUUGUUGCUUUUGAAAAGAAUCGUCAGAGUUAUGCCCAAUUGUGUGUGGCUUCCAAAGACUCAUCUAAGAGGCAGACUGGUAAAGGACGAGGGAAAGGUAAAGAUAUUUCAUCGAAAGAUGCAAACUUGGUAGCUGGUCCUGAGAAGGAUAAAGUAACUAGUGGAAAUGAGAUGCUUAAAGCAUUCUGCAUUAGAUUUGUUCGUCUCAACGGGAUUCUAUUUACCCGAACAAGCCUGGAGACGUUCUUAGAUGUUCUUGCCUCCACUAGCAGCAGUUUACGAGAGGUAAUUUCUUCUAGCACAGUGGAAGGGCUGAGUUUGGGCUUAGACACCAGUAACAGCGCACUUUUCAUAGUUAGACUCGUGGCAAUUCUGAUAUUCAGCGUUCAUAACUCAAAGAAAGAGACAGAAGGUCAGUCAUAUGCAGAAAUUGUACAGCGAGUGGAGCCUGCCAGAAACUCUUUAACAGCUAGUUUUCAGUUGCUUGGACACAUAAUAGAGCAGUGUGUGCAAUUGCGUGAUCCUUCGACGAGUUACUUCCUGCCUGGUAUCUUGGUUUUUGUUGAAUGGUUGGCGUGUUGUCCUGAUAUUGCACUAGCAAGUGAUCCGGAUGACAGACAGACUACUGUGAGAAAUAGCUUUUGGAACCAGUGUGUUACCUUCUUCAAUCAGAUCUUGUUGUUGCUUGGGCCUAUGUUUUUGGAUGAUGUUGAAGACGAGACUUGCUUCUCAAACAUGAGCUUGUAUGAUGAAGGAGAAACUGAAAACCGACUUGCGCUAUGGGAGGACUUUGAACUAAGAGGAUUCUUGCCACUGCUUCCCGCUCAGACUAUUCUCGACUUCUCAAGGAAACAUUCCUUUGUAACUGAAGGUCCCAAGGAAAAGAAAGCUCGUGUAAAGAGGAUCCUAGCAGCAGGGAAAGCUUUGACCAGUGUGAUCAAAGUUGAUGAUAAUGAUGUGUAUUAUGAUUCUAAGAAGAAGAAGUUUCUUGUUGGUGUAAAACCCUCAGAUGACUUGUUGGAUUCUCAUUCAAGCCCGCCUAAAGCUGAUGCUUUGCAAGAUAACCAAGUAAUGGUGAAUCAUAACUCACCAUUUAUACAGCAAGACCAGCAGAUUUAUAUGGGUGAGGAGGAUGAUGAUGAUGAAGUAAUUGUUUUCAAGCCGCUAGUUACUGAAAAGAGGAAAACGGCUUCUGACCAAAUAUGUGUUUCUAGUGGUGGCUUCAGGAAACCUGAUCAAGUUGCCACUACGGGGAACUUAAAACCUCUGAGUGGUUCGGAUUCAGCUUUUCGUGAAAAUCAACUUCUGCAAGCUAGAGGCAAUGCGAGUAUUCAAGUGCCUGCAUCUGUUGAUUCCAACCUUUUGGGACUCCUUCAGGCAUCAACCCAGUCUCAGGCAAUGCAUUUGCAACAAGUGCAGACACAGGCAGUUAAUCCUCAGGCAGCCCAAUCAUUAGCUGCUGCACGACUUCAGCUAAUGCAAUCACAGGUCGCACAUCUUCAACCACUGUCAUCACGGGUUGUGCACUUUCAACAAACUCAAGCUCCGGUUUCACAUGUUUCACCAGUCCAGUCACAAUCUGCUUCCCUUGUUGGUGGUACCAAGUGGUUACCAGAAGAAGCUGCUUCUCUUGCUAAUACCCUAUCUAGUUUUGCUCAGAUGGGUAAUGGUCAUGUGAUGAAAAAUGAGAUGCAUGGAAAUCAUGGAGUUUCCUAUCACCCUGCACACUCAGAACCAGCCCAGCAGUCUUACAAUGUCAAUGGUAUGGGUGGUAUGCCAUAUUCUCAGUCACUAACACCUGAAGCUGUAUUCCCACCCAAAAGUGAUGCUGUUUCAUCAUCUGGAGCUAUUGCCGAUGGCCUGGGCGUCCAAUCUUCAUUAGCAAGAAAAAAUCCAAUCAGUAGAGCCUUUAGGCAUCUUGGCCCUCCGCCUGGGUUUAACUCUGUCCCCUCUAAGCUGCAAAAGGAGCCAGCACCUGGUUCUGACUUGUCUGGGAACAAUCUAGCGGUUGAUGAUUACAGCUGGUUGGAUGGAUACCAAGCUCAGUCUUCUCGAGGCGCUGCUGCGCUCAACAGUUCUUUGAAUUAUGCUUCUUCUGGGAAACCAGAACACAUGGGUACCAGCAAUGGAAUGAAUGGGGCUACUAACUUCCCAUUCCCUGGGAAACAAGUUCCAACAUCACAGGUCCAAGCAGAUUUUCCAUACUUUCAAAACCCUCUGAAAGAGAGCUUUGCGAACCAGAACCAUCAAUCAGCUCAACUCCCUGAGCAAUAUCAAGGACAGUCGACUUGGUCGAGUCGUCACUUUGUGUGAGAGGAAAGGAAGAGUAACACGGUUAGUGUUACGGAACGUUUUAUGCUACCUAACUCCAACUGAGUAAUGUUCUGUUGAAGUCUCUAGUUGGAGUCUUUGUGGCCUUGGCUUCUUGUGGGGCACUUCCUACCUGACAGAUUCUGGACUCGGCUCAUGUUGGUGAAAGAGAUAUGUGGUAACAAGAAUGAAUGAAUGGUUCUGUGGAAUGAUAGGAGUAAAGUGCCUUUCUCGUGCUACUGAGGUGGAGAUGUUAGACCUUAUGAAUAAGAAAGGAAACGUACCUUGUGGCUCGCUCUUGAUAUCUGAAGCAGUUGAUGGCUGUUUUGCCCUGUUUACAUUUUCUUUUUUUUUUUCUCUUUUUUUUUUUUUCUUUUUUUUCUUUUUUUGCGUAUGAAUGUGUAGCUGUCGUCCUCUUGCACAGCUAUCUUUCUCUUGGAUUGCUUUGCUUUUCCUCCUUUGUUCUAUGCCUGUCUCAAACUUCUCUCCGUUUUGCUGUGUCAGUCUAAGUUGAACCAUCAUAAGGUGUGCGAAACCUUGCAUUUGGUUAUGAAUAAAAAGGGACAUGUGUUGAAACA